AUGAAUGAUCCAUCCUUGGAUGACAAUAUCAUCCAUGCCUCUAAUCAGGUCACUGAAAAUGUCCCUAAGUCCUACGCGGACGAAGAGGAAGAAGAGAGAAGUUUUUUGACCCCCGCCAGGUGGUGGUAUGCCUCGACUGCCUUCCCUCUCAUCGCCGGCACGUUCGGUCCGAUGGCCAAUGCAUUCAGUGUUUGCGCCCUCGUGGAGAACUGGCGAGUCAGAAUACCUGCAGGAGGCACCGAAGAACAUGGCGUUGAUAUCAGGGAUCCUAGCUGGUUGAUUGCGGUCAAUGCCGUAUCUCUUGUCUGCGCUCUGGUCGCCAACUUGUCGCUCCUGCUUAAUAUGGCCCGCCGUGUGCCGUUUCAAAUUGCACAGCCCAUCACUAUUGUUGGCUUCUGGCUGGCUUCGGUUCUGCUCAUUGUCCUCAUCGCCAUUGCAUCCACUGACUUCCAUGCCCCGGGUGUUCAGAAUCAAGCCUUGACCCAGGCCUACUAUUACGCCGUCUUUGCUGCCGGAUUGUACCAGAUUAUUUCAUACCUUAUGUGUGUCACCGUGUAUGGAGCCUACAAGGGCCAUUAUAGCAAGGAAUUCAGACUCACCGUUGCCCAACGCACGCUGAUGCUCCAAACCAUUGCAUUCCUUGUCUACCAGCUUUUGGGAGCUCUUGUCUACUCACAUGUCGAGGGCUGGAAGUUUCUAGAUGCCGUGUACUGGGCCGACUUCACUUCUCUCACCAUUGGCGUUGGCGCCGACUACGUGCCCAAAACCGACGUCGGGCGUGGGUUGCUUUUUCCCUUCGCCAUGGGAGGAAUAAUCAUCCUAGGUCUGGUGGUGAGCUCUAUCCGGUCUCUGAUCCUAGACAGAGGGAAGAAAAAGAUCGCCGCACGCUUGACCGAGAAGUCACGGGCGAAAUUACUCGCAAAAGUUGAAAAGAUUGUUAACGAGAAAAGUCGGAUAAAAAGACGUCUUAUGGGUCUGGACAAGAACAUGGCCAAAGCAUUGGCCACCGAACCUGGGGAUGACAAAAUUGCCGAGAUUGACAGGAGAGAAGCCGAGUUCGAAGCAAUGCGAAGGGUACAGGAUAGGGCGACGACGCAGCGGAAAUACCUUAGUCUAGGUAUUUCGACCUUUGCAUUCGCCUUCUUGUGGACGCUAGGCGCUUUCAUCUUCUCGAAGGCUGAACAAAAUCAGGAUUGGUCGUAUUUCGAGUGCGUCUAUUUUGCAUACACCACCCUCCUGACCAUCGGCUAUGGAGACCUACAGCCAAUGAGCAACAGUGGGAAGCCAUUUUUUGUCUUUUGGUCAUUGCUCGCAGUGCCGACGUUGACCAUCUUGAUAUCAGACUUGGGGGAUACAGUGAUCAAGACGGUCAAAGAUGUGACGAUCUGGUUGGGUGAGAUCACGGUUCUGCCGAGCGACGAAGCCAGCACGAGGGAGCGACUGAGGCAAGGCCUUUACAAAGCAACACUUGGCAAACUUGACUCGAGGCAUACUUAUGCCAAAGACGUGGAGCAGGGGUCCAACACUGAUGAGGGAGAAAAGGAGCUGCAUCCGGGGUUGGCGAAGCUUUUCGGCCGACACGGCAGGAGACGCGAGAAUCAGGGUGCACACGAAACUGGUGAUCGACUGGCCGCCGAUUUUGAGCGGUCCGAGGAAGAGGGUGAAUCGCUCGCGAGAGAACACGGUGAAAGAGCAGAAGAAGAUGAGCAUCACUACCGGCACGCUCUCCUUUCCCAGAUUCGUAAGGUAUACGCGGACACAACCGCAGCCACACCCAAGAGAUACAGUUAUGAAGAGUGGGUGCGGUUCCUCCGGUUGUUAGGCGAGGACGAGCAGGAUCCUGCCUUCCACAGGCGGGCGCCUGAGUUAGAUCAGGGCUCCGAGGCGCAAGAAGUCCCUCCGGAACACGAACAGGAAGCCACAUACACCAAAGAGGAAGGGGAAGGAAAGGAGCACAAGAAAAGAUGGAGUUGGAUAGGCAACCACAGUCCGUUAAUGGGAGAUAAAGAGGAGGCAGAAUGGCUGUUGGAGAAAUUGUUCGCGCGGCUAGAGGAAAGCCUUCGCGGCGAAGGGAGGAAGAAGGAAGAAAGGGUCAAGAAGGAAACUCGCAAAGAUCAUGCGGGUGGGCAGCAGCCCCCAACUGGAACAAAGGAUGACGAUACAAGCAGGACAAAGACGGGAGAGGAUGAAGAGUGA